AUGACCCAAACCAAGUUCUCGUCGUUGCGCAACAAGCUAGUCCAGGGACGGCUUCUACUCCCCGGAGACGAAGGAUUCGAGGAGAGCCUCCAACGAUGGAGUCUCACCUGUGUAAAGCCUGCUGCCGCUGUAGCCCAACCCAGAACUGCUGAAGAAGCCAGUGAGGCCGUCAAGUUUGCAACUUCUAAUGGCAUCAAAUUCAAUGUCAAAGGAGGUGGUCAUAGUACCUCGCAAACUUCUUGCGCUCCCUCACCCGAGAGCAUGGUCCUGGAUCUCUCUCUUAUGCGUGAUGUCUCGGUAGACACCGAGGCAAACACUGUCUCCUUCGGAGGAGGCUGCUUAUGGAAAGACGUUGACGAGGCACUCUGGACCAAGGGCCUUGCUACCGUUGGCGGAACUGUCAGCCAUACUGGCGUUGGGGGCCUUAUCCUGCAUGGCGGCUAUGGCAUCUUGUCUGGUAUUCACGGCCUGGCUAUCGACGUCUUGCUUUCAUGUCAAGUCGUUCUAGCCGAUGGAAGCAUCGUGACCGCAUCCUCCACCGAGAACGCAGAUCUCUUUUGGGCUCUCCGAGGCGCCGGCAGCAGCUUUGGUGUGGUUACCCAAUUCACCAGCAAGAUAUUCCCACAAGGUGAUAUCUGGGGUGGCAUGGCUUUUCUCCCUCCCACGGCUCUGCCUGCAGUGAUCAAGUUUCUCAACCACUGGGGAGAGACCAACGACGGCACCCAAAUCUUCCUCACAGGCUACACUUAUGCUCCCCCUGGCCCAGAUCCCGAUGCGCCCAGGCCCCUCGUUGUCCUGGUUCAGAUGGCCCAGGUUGGGCCUAAUCCAGAGGAAGAUGGCCUGAAAUAUUUCGCUCCCAUACUGGAGCUCGAGGCAUUGAUGAAGCAAGUUGGGCCUAUGCCAUAUCCUAUGAUCAACCAGGGCGCAGAUGAGGUCUUUGCAAAGGGCAGUAGAUACCUUUUUGGUGGCGCCAACUUCACCCUUCCCAUGGAGCUCUCCACCGCCGAAUCAAUCCGUGAUAAAUUCACGGGGUUUGUCGAGGAUACGCCGGGUACCGAGGGCUCUGUUGUCAUGAUAGAGUGCAUUCCCCAGAAAACCAUCCGGACGAUUCCUGUUGAGUCAACAUCCUUCAACUCACGAGGUAACUAUUACAAUGUUGGUAUCAAUUACAAGUGGAUGGAUGAAAGUCUUGAUUCCAAAAUUCGCCAGUUCAAUCGUGGAUUCCAGAAGUCGAUCCGCGAGCUUGGAUACGACGACAAGGCCUUGUCAGAUGGCAUCGGUCACUAUCUGAACUAUGUGAGCACUGACACCAUCUCGGCUGAAGAAGCAUUUGGUUCAAACUCGAAGCGCUUGAGGGGGCUGAAGAAGCAGUAUGAUCCAAACAAUGUCUUUGAUAAGCUGUGGAAACUGGUUGGUGAGGUUGAGGAUAACAACUGGAUUGCUUGA